ACAAGACCAAGCUCAGAAUGGAGCCAUGUACAAGUUUGUGCCAUACAAAUCUUGGAGCAGGUUUAUGAAAAAGGUUUUUUUCUAUUAAAGGGAAAUAAGGAAGAAAAAGAGGAGAGAGCAACAGAGUCAGCAAAUCUAAUCAAGUUCAUACUUUUUGGAGGAUGAAACCACUAACUCAGCCUGCAAUAACACAAAGAAAAUGUACCAAGAGAGGGCAGUGCUGAUAACAAAUGCAAGACAGAUCUGAGCUCAUACUGCCUCCCUGUCCAGCAACAGUACGUUAAUGGUUGGAACUGCCCGCCCCAACCUACAUUACUGCCCCCGCAGACACAGCCUGAUGAUCACCAGUGCCAUGGGAGCAGUGCGGGUCAACAGAUACAGCAUUGUUUCCACCGAUGAAGAUGCCCUGAAGAUCUCCAGCCUGGGCCUCCACAAUGGCCACAGUCCUCUGAGCCAGCAGACACUGUCGGGGCCCUGCAUGCGAGGUGAGGAAGGAGGAGGAGGAGGAGGAGGAGAGUGUCCAGGAAGUGAUGACGGAAGAGGGGCUCUGUCUCUGAGGGUGACAAAUGAGCCAACUGUCCACAGCAGCUGCCGAGCUUCACCUUCGUGCCACUUGGGCCUGGAUCUAGGUACCGGGCGUGUGCGCAGCCGCUUUGUGAAGAAAAAUGGCCAGUGCAAUGUGGUUUUCAACAACAUGGAGGAUAAACCGCGGCGAUAUCUGGCUGACAUCUUCACCACCUGUGUGGACAUACGCUGGCGCUACCUCCUGCUCAUCUUCACCACCACCUUCCUUCUGUCUUGGCUUCUGUUUGGCCUGAUCUUCUGGGGAGUGGCAUAUGCUCAUGGAGACUUUGAGAUUCACAUCCCAGAGAAGGAUGGAGCUCCUCGAAGUACCACAGAGGAAGGAAAAGCCGAGUGGCGGCCAUGUAUUCUCCACAUCCAGGGUUUUGUUGGGGCAUUCCUCUUCUCCAUAGAGACCCAGACUACCAUUGGAUAUGGUUUCCGGUGUGUCACCGAAGAGUGUCCAUUCGCUGUGGUGACCGUUGUGGUGCAAUCCAUUGUGGGCUGCAUUAUUGACUCCUUCAUGAUAGGAACCAUCAUGGCAAAGAUGGUGCGGCCUAAAAAGCGGGCACAGACCUUGCUGUUCUCGCAUCAUGCUGUCAUCGCUCUGAGAGAUGGUAAACUGUGUCUCAUGUGGCGCCUGGGGAACAUGCGCAAGAGCCACAUUGUUGAGGCCCAUGUGCGUGCUCAGCUGAUUAAGCCAUACGUGACUGCGGAGGGUGAAUACCUCCCUUUGGAACAAACGGACAUUGACGUCGGCUAUGACGAUGGACUGGAUCGGCUGUUUCUGGUGUCACCACUGGUGGUGGUCCACGAGAUCAACAAGAACAGUCCUCUGUAUAACCUGAACCGCAAUGACCUGCAGAAGGAGGACUUUGAGAUCGUGGUCAUCCUGGAGGGCAUGGUGGAGGCCACAGCUAUGACCACUCAGGCUCGUAGCUCCUACUUGGCCAAGGAAAUCCUUUGGGGUCACCGCUUUGAGCCUGUGGUGUUUGAGAAGGGUGAUCGCUACCAUGUGGACUAUUCCCGCUUUCAUAAGACCUAUGAAGUGCCAUCUACACCUCAUUGUAGUGCCAGGGAACUGAACCAGAUGAUGGGUAACAGAGGACACUCCUCAUCCUCCAGCUCGAGUUACUCUCAGUCUCCAUCACCGUUUGCUUCGAGGGCGACCCACCGCCUGCUGGGCUCACACUCCCCCAGCGCUUUCUGCUAUGAGAACGAGGUAGCUUUGUGCUGUGGGGAUGAUGAGGAUGAGAAGGAUGUGAAGGAGCAGCUGGGGGACCUGAAUGUAAGAAGUGAUUUAGGCUUCAAGGAGACAUUUGUGGAAGAGCAGAGAGUGGAGAUGUUAUGUGUUCUGGACACAGAAAAUCAGAUCAGCCUUGACAGACUACAGCCUGCCCUACCUUUAUACAUCAGCAGAGAGUCAGGAGUUUAAUCAAUGGUAAUGGCUGCUCUUCCAUUUGUUUCCUCUCGUUGCGUGCACCCAACCAAAGUAUUGAACUUGUGUAAAAAUAAAAGACGGAGGACACGAUUUAAAGUAGACAUGUGGGGGGGGAAGAAAAGGGUCUUUUGUUGCAGCUCUUACAGAAUCCACACAGCUUUUAGUUCACAACUCACCAUGGUUUCAGGUACCGCACACUUUCAGUGUAACAUCAGCAUCUCUCAAAUCACACAGCUCACCUACUUUUAAACAUGGUAACGAGGUAAUUCUCUUAAAUCACGAGUUACCCCUAAAAUUUAAUUGCUUACUUGUUUGUUUCUAUAUGAUCUGUGUAUGAGGUACAAUUAAUUAUUGAUUUCCAUUCACUUUUUUUUGUAAAUAUGAUAUAAUUUUGUUUUAACUUUACAGUGAUUUGACAUCAUAUACAGAUAGCUACAGGAUAAAAAAUAAGUAAGCAUGGUGCAAAUGCUUCAAACUUUAAGACACUUGUUUUCUUUGUAUAAAAAUAAAUUACUUACCUAUUUUCAUCUUCUGUCUUCUUGCCUGAAUUCUGCUGUAUUUCACAUCUGAUAAGUAAGCUUUUUUUUU